AUGGCUUCCUCUGACAGCACGCAGAAAAUCUUGGGUAUAUGCCCCAGGCUUAGCUUUUAUCCUCCAUUGUUGAAUUCGGCUUCACCAUGGGCUACAAACAUUGAUGAUUUGACUGUGUUGGCCAAGUCUCCCUUCACUGGCGCCGUGACGACGCGAACUUCCGUUCUAGCGGAGAGCGGCUUUGACCAUCAACAAGAACGCCACAGAUAUGUGUUUUUUGACCCAGUAAAUGGUGUUACGCAUUCGAAUGGAUCUCGAGAUGGCCCAAGCCCCUCAUCAGAAUGGGCAAUUGCUGGCGAGGAUGGAAAAGUAGCCACGUUGAAUUCACUUGGCUAUAGCCCGCUCUGUCUGCAAAAAUAUAUAGACAUCAUCUCCAAAUUAUCCACUGACGAAGCAAUCAGCCCCAAAACAUUCAUCAUCAGCGUCACAGGCUCCCCGGAAGAUGUCAAGGGUUGCUAUGAUACCAUUGCUUCUGCUCAAAACAUUCGCUUCCCACUCGCCAUGGAAGUGAAUCUUAGUUGCCCCAACAUCCCUGGGGUUCCACCACCAGCUUACAACCGAGACGAACUCGUUCGCUACUUGAAUCUUCUUCCGGCACACCCAACUAUCCCUGUAGGGUUGAAGACACCGCCCUAUACGCAUGAUGGCCAGUUUAGGGAGCUCAUGUCCGCACUCAAGGAGCACGCUGGGAAGGUCAGUUUCCUGACGGCUACAAACACGCUGGGAUCCUGUUUGGUUUUCAAUGGAGAUAUGGCCGAAGCUUUACCAAGUCAAGACGGGCUUGGCGGCAUGGCCGGGCCAGCAUUGCAUCCUCUUGCCUUGGGUAAUGUACGGUCGCUGCGAAGAAUGCUGGACGAUGCGGGUCUGUCAGAGGUAGACAUCAUCGGCGUUGGAGGAGUUAGUGACGGAAGUGGUUAUCUGAGAAUGAGAAAGGCUGGAGCGUCAAUGGUUGCGUUGGCUAGCGGUUUGGGCAGAUUUGGAGUCGACGUAUUCAAAGGCAUUAGUAAAGAUUUGAACGGGCAGUGGCAGGCGCUGGGUUGA